GUCAUCAAUAUCGACAUUCUGCCUGCUCACCAAACCAAUUGUCUCGAGCAAGAAUGGAUUACGGCUACAACAAUCAGUACACGACCUCCUACGGCGCCCAUGGCGCAGCCGACGGUGGCGGUUUCGUUGCGGGAGAACCACAAAGCAGCCCGGCUGCCGGAAGAGGAGGGUAUGGAAAAGACACAGUCCGACCCAUGACGAUCAAGCAAAUCCUUGACUCUCAACAACCACACCCAGACGCAGACUUUCGAGCAGACGGGGAACCCUUCGGUCAAGUCACGUUUGUUGGCCAAAUCCAAGGCAUCAGCACACAACCCACAAACAUCACUUACCGAGUAGAUGAUGGCACUGGCAUGGUCGAAGUGAAGCAAUGGAUCGACACCGACUCCAACAAGGAAGACAGAAUGGACGGCGUCGAGUCGAACAAGCCCAAACUGGUCGAGAAUGGAUACUGCCGUGUCUGGGGCCGAUUAAAAUCGUUCAACAACAAAAGACACGUUGGUGCGCACAUCAUCCGACCCAUUACGGACUACAACGAGAUAAACUACCACUUGCUCGAGGCUACGGCUGUGCAUCUGUUCUUUACGAGAGGGCCACCUCAGGCACAACAGGCCAACGGCAACAAGGACGCGGGUGCGAAUGGUGGUCAUCAAGACUUUGCCAGCGCGGCCGACAAUGCUCUAUCCGGCAUCUCACCUCUGGGACGGAAGGUCUUCCAUACAUUGAAGAACACCCCGCAGAGCAACGAAGGCCUGCACGUCCAGAUGAUUGCUUCGCAGAUGGGGAUGCCUGUCAGUGAGGUCUACAAAGGCGCCGAAGAAUUAUUAGCGAUCGGCAUGAUAUUUACCACCGUGGAUGAUAACACUUGGGCAGUAUUGGAUGCAUAAAUGCACUGACUCCGUGUUGAGUCAUGCCCAUUCCAAGACUCACCUGUCUUGUGGAUCUGCAUCGCCACAUCUAGUUUGGACAGCGGCGCUGGUUGUACAUUAUGAUGAUACGAAAGAACUCGGACUAGGAUGAUGUCUGAUAGACCGAAGUACUCAUGAGUGCAAAUUUAAUGUCUCAUGACGAUGACAAGGACCAAUGUCUACGGAAAAGCCUUGAUCCGAUGUACAUGCAUGAUCCACCUCCUUUCUCCCCACGCCCUCGACAUUUCCGCCCUCCGGCAAGUAACCAGCUAUUGAGCCUAAAUUCAGAUGUGGA